GCAUCUGAGCUGAUACCCACACAGAGGGACUCGUCUUCUCUUUGUGAGACAGCUGACUGGGCACUCCUCCUGCUCUCAUCUCUCCAGUUUGCUACAUCGCUCAAACUUUCUUUUUUUACUGCCACCCUUAGAAAGAAACAGCAUCAUAAUGAUCCAGACAGGCUUCAAGAGCGGAAUGAGCGCAGUUGGAGGGUUCAGCUCAGGCGGAACGGUCCGGCAGAGCUUCUCCAGUUACUCUGCACAUGCUGCGCCUGGGGGCUCCGCCCGUAUGAGCACCAGUGUCAGGCGCUCUGCAGUCGGCGGCGGCGGCAGCGGUGGGGCAUUCGGCGCAAGAAACAACUUCGGAGGCGGUAGCUUCGGAGGCGGUAGCUUCGGAGGCGGUAUGGAUGCCGGCUUCUAUGGAGGCGGCUUUGGUAGCAGUGCUGCCAUGGGUGGUGGUGCUGGUUUUGUAGGCACCCCCAUCACAGCUGUCACUGUGAACCAAAGCCUCCUCGCCCCCCUCAACCUUGAGAUCGACCCCAACAUCCAAGUCGUCCGCACUCAGGAGAAGGAGCAGAUCAAAACCCUCAACAACCGCUUUGCCUCUUUCAUCGAUAAGGUACGCUUCCUGGAGCAGCAGAACAAGAUGCUGGAGACCAAGUGGAGCAUGAUGCAGGAGCAGACCACCACCGAGUCCAACAUUGACGCUAUGUAUCAGGCCUACAUCGCCAACCUGCGCAGGCAGCUUGAUGGCCUGGGCAACGAGAAGAUCAAGGUGGAGAGUGAGCUGAAAAACAUGCAGGGAAUCGUAGAGGACUUCAAGAGAAAGUAUGAAGAUGAAGUCAACAAGCGUGCCAUGGCUGAAAAUGAAUUUGUCUUGCUGAAGAAAGAUGUUGAUGCUACCUACUUGGGCAAGGUGGAACUUGAAGCUAAGGUUGAUGCUCUUCAGGAUGAAAUCAAUUUCUUGAGGUCUAUCUAUGAAGCGGAGUUGAUGGAGCUCCAGAGCCAGGUCAAGGACACCUCAGUGGUUGUAGAGAUGGACAACAGCCGUAAUUUGGACAUGGAUGCCAUCGUGGCUGAAGUGCGUGCCCAGUAUGAGGAGAUUGCCAACCGCAGCAGGGCUGAGGCAGAGACAUGGUACAAGCAGAAGUUUGAAGAGAUGCAGACUUCAGCUGGGCAGUACGGUGAAGACCUGCGUAGCACCAAAACUGAGAUCGCAGAACUGAACCGUGCAAUCAGCCGUCUGCAGAAUGAGAUUGAGGCUGUCAAGUCACAGCGCGCCUCACUGGAGGCUCAGAUCGCCGAGGCAGAGGAACGUGGAGAGCUGGCAGUCAAGGAUGCCAAACUGCGCCUUAAGGACCUGGAGGAGGCCCUGCAGAGAGCCAAGCAGGACAUGGCACGUCAGGUUCGCGAGUACCAGGAGCUCAUGAAUGUCAAGCUGGCCCUGGACAUUGAGAUUGCCACCUACAGGAAGCUGCUGGAAGGAGAGGAGACCAGGAUGUCAUCUGGUGGUGGAGCUGCAACAAUCCACGUGCAAUCCUCUGGGGGCAGUGCAAGCUCAAGUGGGUUCAGCUCUGGUGGUGGAUUUGGCUACGGCGGCGGCCUGUCCAUGGGCUUUGGGGGCUCAGCAGGAGGAGGGGCCUCGUCCAUCAGCAGAUCUUCGGUGGUCACCACAAGCAGCGCCCGCAGAGCCUUCUAAGAAGAGCCUCUUCCAUCUCCACCUCUUCUGAUCACAACGAUACUUACAGAUACUUAAAUGGUCAAACCCAAGCUGCUGUUCUUUCUAUGAGUACCUCUAGUUUUCCAGGUUCUCAAAAUUUCCCACUCAGUUUCUGGAAGAAAACCCCCACUGCCCUGUAAGGUUUUCUUCACUUAAGACACAUGGUGAGAGAAUCAGCUGAUGUGCACAGUAAGCAGCACCAGAGCUCCAAAAUUGGCGGACUAACAUUUUCAAAGAUAACAGGAGAAUAACAGCUGGAGAGAAUCACAAACGCUGUUCUCCAUGAUGGUCCAAAAUGCGUACUGCUCUGACUCAGCAGAUCUCUCUCAUCUCACACUCAUUCUCUUGAAUUGAGUUGAAGUCCAGCUACUGCAGGAUGCCCAGAUUUUAACUUCCAGUCUGUCAAACAAAUAUCCCACAGGCACAUGGUGACAGUGAAAACAAGCAGAUGUUGAAACAGACAUACCAAACACAAAGGAGGUAUUUCAUUUCCCUCUGUUGCACAUAGAAUAGAAUUGAUAUUGUGGUAUCCUACCGCGUUUAAAGAAGAGCAGUCAUAUCAUUCUCACCUUAGUUGAUCUGUUAGGUGAAUUCUCUGCUCUGCAAUGAAAAUAAACCUUGGAUUUUCAGUCCUUUCCGGUCCUGGAUAAGGCAUUUCUCACAGAGGUCAUGAGAUCAUUUUCUCAGUUUGGUUUUGUGUUGUUUCAGUGUAAAACCCUGUCGUGACCAGAUUUAUUGACUACAACUGAAAUCGUAACACCAAAUAUGUUAAUAAAUCUGAGAUCUGGA